AUGCGCGAUAAGACCUUCAGCGAUAGCACCAAGGACUCGAGGGACGAAUGCGGUGAACUGGAGGCGCGGAUGACCGACGCUGACGCGACGCACGUCGUCACUGAUUCACCCAACGCAGAGAAGGUUGGAAAAGUGUGCGACCAGAUCAGCCUGAGCGACGAGAACCGCUUCGUGCUGGGUGAGGCCGAAGGCUUCAUCUCGAUCCUCGGCUUCGAGCACCUGGACAACAAAGACUUUCGCGAGGUGGCAGUGCUGGAUCCUCCAAACACGCUGGCCGCUAUUGCCUUCAGCUCAGGCACUGGCGGACAAGUCAAGGGCGUCGAGAUCACCCACUAUUCCUUCGUCGCUAACAUGGUGCAAAACAAGAACACCAUUGCGUCGGACGAGACGGACGUUCUUCUAGCAUGGAACCCAGUCACACACACGUGCGGCUUCCUGUUCACUAUGUUGGCAGCCUGCGUUGGAUCCACGUGCGUCAUCGUGUCGCCCGCGCUCACUUACAAGCAAUUCAUCGACGUGUGCAACAAGUACCAGUUUCUCUGCCUGAAGAGCGGGCGCCCAGUGGGACUAAACGAGCACGGCGAAGUUGCCUUCCGCACUCCUUCUAUGACGCGUGGCUACUACAAGAGACCACGCGAGACUGCCGAGCUAAUAGAUGCCGACAGCUGGUGCCACACGGGGGACGUUGCGUACUACGACGAAUGCGGCCGCGUGCACAUCGUGGAACGGCUGAAAGAAAUGAUCAAGUGCAUGGACAAUCAAGUGGCACCCGCCGAGGUGGAAGACCUGAUCAUGAGUAGCUGUCCGGCGGUUGCCGAGGUGGGAAUCAUCGGGCUGCCCCAUUCCGACUACGGAGAGGUACCCACUGCAUUUAUCACUCUCAAACCGGGCCAGGAGAUCUCCGAGAAGGAAAUCAAGAAGGUUGUUGCUGUCUAA